AUGAGCUACGCGGACUCUUGGCUCGAGUUGGAGAAGAAUCUAGGCGGUCGUGUGGUGCUGCAUGGAACCCCUGAGGAGAUACAGGCCCAGAAUGAUCAGCUGAUUGAGAUAUUACUGCCCCAACUACCUGCACCGUCGGAGGCCGUCGAGAGUAAAGACGGCGAAGUCGACGGGGUCAAAUACCGGCUGUACACGCCCAAGGAAGCAUCGAAACAAGGCCCUCUGCCGGUCGGAAUCUGGACACAUGGUGGCGGGUGGAUGACGGGCGAUCUCAACUCAGACGAUCUUCUUUGCAGAGUUGUUGCCGAGCAUGCCCCGUCCAUCAUCGUCAGUGUCGACUAUCGGCUGACGCCAGAGCACAAGGUCCCUACACAACUGCAGGAUACGUUGAAAAUCUAUCGAUGGGCGCACCAAAACGCGAGCUCGUUCGGCGGAGAUGCAGACAAAUUCUAUACCAUCGGUGGCUCUGCUGGUGGUGCGCUGGCUCUUCAGGUCGCCAACCAACUCACCAAGGAUCCCUCAAAGCGCAGUAAUAUCAAAGGCGUCGCUGCUGUCGUCCCGUGCACCCUUCAUUGGGAUUACGUGCCGGCCGAGUACCAGGGCAUUUUCAAGGCUUACGAGGACAACAAGGAGAAUGUCCCGAUCAUCGACAAAGGCUCGAUGGAGGUCUUCUAUCACCAUGCCGGGGUCGACCCCAAGGACAGCGACAUCUUCACUGCUUUGGCCACCGAGAACCACAAGAACUUUCCACCAACGUACUUUGUCAGUUGUGAGAAGGAUCCACUGCGAGACGACGCGUAUGUAAUGGAAGCGGCGCUGAAGAAAGCUGGUGUCCCCACGAAGCAUGAUCAUUACAAGGGCUUGCCGCAUUACUUCUGGAUCUUCCCCUCGGUGCCCGAAGGCCAACAGUUUGUGGGAAAUCUGAUAGGCGGGGUGAAAUGGUUGCUUUCGCAAUCUUGA